CCCUCACUGCAAAACAUCCCACCACACUGCUCGACCAGUGAUGUCAGCACGUUCCUACGUGCCCUACUCAGGGUGAGAUUCUGAUGACGACGAGGACAACACGGUGAUGCUGUGGGAGUUCGGAGACGACGCAAACAUCGGCGGAGUCUCGUCCUUCGGUGUGUGGACGAGGGGCGCCGCUGCGGUCGGGGUCCCGUGGUCACCUGAGGGGACGGGGCUGAGGAGCAGGAGGGGGGUCCGGAGCGUAACGGAGCACAGCUGACUGGUCAACACACGGUUGUUGUUGUUGUUGUUGUUGUGGUGGUGGUCGUCGUCGGAGAGACAACAGAAGCAGCGUGUUCGGAGGUCGGAGGUGGACCGUGGGCCCAGAGAUGGGAGAUGACAACGCGCUGAUCCGAAUCCACCCGGACUCGGGCGAAGGACGAGUGCGCUCCAGGCAAAGAAAUCGCAAAGCCCAACGGCGCCAGAGCGGGUCUGCGUAGUUGAUGCAAGCAUCUGUUUCUCAUUUGAGUCUCACCACUUUGUCCAGACAUGUCCUUCACCAUGGAGGAGCACCUGGAGUCGGGCUGGGUGGCCGUCCGCCCCAAUGCGUUUGAGGAGGGGGAGAAGCACAAAUUCGUUUUCAUCGUGGCCUGGAACGAAGUGGAGGGCAAAUUUGCCAUCACGUGUCACAACAGGACGGCGCAGAGGAGAAGCUUCGGCAGGGAGCCUCUGUCGGAGGGGGCCGGCCAGGACGGGGACAAAACAAAAUGGCCCGAACGUCCUGUCAGGGACGAGGUGUCUGGUGGAGGCGCCAGAGAGGCUGCGGCGACCAAGUCCUCGACGGCAACGAGACCAAGUCCCGUCCGAAUCCAAAGUGUGACGCAAUCCGCAGCAUCCCCCGUCCGUGCCGACCCCGAGGGGGUGAGACCGACGAGCGAGGACCAGCUGCAGUCCCGCUGCCCGGACGGCCCGGGCCCGGAGGACUGCAGCUGGGCCGGCCUCUUCUCCUCCCAGGACCUCCGGGCGGUGCACCGGCAGAUGUGCUCGGUGAACUCGGACCUGGAGCCCUGCCUCCCCGCGUUCCCGGAGGAACCCGCCGGGGUGUGGACGGUGCUCUUCGGCGCCGCGGAGGUGCCCGAGGCCGAGAUGGACGAGCUGUGCCGCCGCCUGCAGGUGUACCUGGGCCACGCGCUCGACACGUGCGGGUGGAAGAUCCUGUCGCAGGUCCUGUUCACGGAGAACGACGACCCGGACGAGUACUACGAGAGCCUGAGCGAGCUGAGGCAGUCCGGCUUCGAGGAGGCGCUCGCCCGCGCGACCAGACAUCUGCAGGAGUUGCUGGAGAAGCACAGGACCAUGGAGAGCAUGGUGGAGCUGCUGGAGCUAUAUGAGGAAGAAGACCAAGCCUAUGGCGGUGUCCUGGAGGCUUCCACACAGCUGUACCAGUAUCUGCUGCAGCCCUUCAGAGACAUGAGGGAACUAGCAAUGCUACGCAGACAGCAUAUAAAGAUCUCCAUGGAGAAUGACUACUUGGGCCCAAGGCGGAUUGAAGCUCUCAAAAAGGAGGACGCCGACUGGCAGAAGAAGGCUCAGGAGGCGGUGCUUAACAUCCAAGAGUUUACUGUAAAAUACUUUGAGAUCACUGCCAGAGCCCAGAAAGGGGUGUAUGAGCGUAUGAAGGUGGACCAGCGUAAGUUUGGUAAAUCUUCAUGGACGGCGGCGGUGGAGCGCAUGGAGAGACUGCGUUACUCCGUCGCCAAGGAAACCCUGCAGCUCCAGAGAGCCAGGGAGAUCAGUCUGGAUCAGAGGAAGCACACACUGCGAGAGGAGAUGCAGAGUCUGUGUAGCGGUGAGGAUGCGAUGGCCCUCUUAGACCACAUGGAGACAAAGUACUAUGCGCUCCAGCUUCAACUGUAUGACAUCCAGGCAGACAUACUGCAGUGUGAAGAGCUGCUCCUCACUGCACAACUGGACAGCAUUCGUCGACAAAUGACAGAGCGUCAGGAUGAAGUGGUGUACUAUGACACCUUUGAAAGUGCAGAUGAUAUUACAGGGGAUGAUACUGCUGAGAAGAAUGAGCUGCGCAGACUUCAGGUCAGCGCCCGUCAGCUGGAGGCCAGAAGGGGACGCAUCACUGCCAAGCGCUCCUAUCUGAGGAACAAGAGGGGGAUCUGUGUAUCCAACCACACGCAGAAACAGCAGACAUAUCAAACCAUCCAAAAAGACAUCCACCAGGUCUUACAGCUGACAAAUGAAGAAGAGGAAGAUGAAGAGAGGAAGAACAGCCGAGUAAGUCAGGAGAGACAGAGAACUCUGGACAGACUACGCACUUUCAAACAGCGGCACCCGGGUCAGGUGAUUCUGAAGUCGACUCGACUACGCGUGGUCCACACCAGGAGAAGAGAGCGAGGGAGGAGCGUGGAGACGAGCGGCGUGAGCGAGAGGGGGGAGUGUGUGCAGACGCAGGGCCAGCCGCUGUGUCUCAGCACCAGCGUGCAGACGGACCCCAGCCCCACACUCACCACUCAGCCCGUCACGGCUCGCACAGCAUCCCUCCCUCCGUUGCCUGUGCACAGUCCUGCAGACUCCUCCUGCUCCCCCUGCUCCCUGUCCUCACUGCUGGCGUCCCCUAUCUCCCCUCCACCUCCACCUCCACCGCCCCCUCCACUUCCCCUGCCAACAAGGGAGGAGCUUUCGCCUUCCGCGAGCCCGGCCUGGCAUGGGCAGAAGGCUGAGGGGAAGAGUGCGACAGAAGAGCGCUCCCUCUCCCCGCUCGGCCCAUUCAUCCCUCGCUUCUUUGAUAGCAGCCAACUGUUGAGCGCUCGGAAAAAGCUGAGGAAGACUCCAGAGUUUGAUUCCAACAGAAGAGUUAGCUCACCCAUGGACGAGGUGCUGGCCUCCCUGAAGAGAGGAAGUUUCCAUCUGAGGAAGGUCGACCAGCGGUCUCUGACUCCUGCGGUGGAUGAAGAUGAUACAAACAGCAUCCUGGCUCAGAUUCGCAAGGGGGUCAAACUUAGGCGCGUCCCACAUAAAGAGAGAAGAGACCAGGGCGAGCUCCCGGCCUCCACCGACCCACUGACGAGGAGCAUUCACGAGGCACUGCGCCGCAUCAAGGAGGCCUCACCAGACUCCGACUCAGAUGAUGACGGGCUUACCGGCCCUGACUGGGACAGCUAGAGCUCAGAGUUCGGGCACAGCAAAUAACACACACUCGAAUGCCUGCACCCUCUGGCACCGCAUGCACUGUACUGUACUGCAGUGUACAGAGCUGCGCUGCACUUUAAACACACACACACACACACACACACACACACAAACAUAUACAGUUACUCACUCGCUCACAUUCAUGUACACACAGCCCACUCACACAUGAAAAGGUCCUAGUGCCAGGACUUUGAGGCAUGCGGAAUAUCACACACUCACCAAAUGCUCCAAAGGUCUAAUGGUUUUUCACACUACACAUUCACAUGAAGGACAUGGAUGCAUUAUAAUUUCUACUGUAUGUCUCUGUGGUUUUAUUCCUGCAAUCAAGACUGUAAUGAUGCCACGUUGAUUCUUUACUUUUGUCAUUUGUACUGUUGUAAAGCUCUGCACUGGACCUCUGUGGCCACAUUAAUAUUCAGAAACAGCACACAAAACAUUUUACACUGUACUGUAUAUACAGUUAUCUGUAAAACUGAUAACCUCAUAAGGAAGGUAGUGCUAAGAGCGUGUGUAAUCUUUUCCAGCUACCCCAAAGCUUUAGUAAUUAGAGACUGUAACUGAAACAAACAUAUUUGGGUAUGUUUGUGGAUUUUGGGUCACAAGGGAGACUGAAAAAACAAAUAGAAGAUUACAAAGACAUUUAAACUGGGAUCACUGUAUUUACUGUCCAGGUCGUAAACUAUUACACUAUCAAGCAUCUUUUUGUUUGCUUUUUACCACUCUGAUAUGACUGUCACGUGUGGGUGUGGUCGUGUCAGACAGCAUAAAGUCACUGCUUGUCUAAUCUGACACUGUGCAAAUACUGUAAAUCCUUAAAUCUGUCACACCAGACGCACGCCCCUCCCCCCUCUCAUCUUCUUCUGCCCUUCACCACCCCCAACACUCUCCGGGUGAGGGAAUUUGUAUCGAUCCAUCUGUUCGACCGCGGCAUAUGGCCAGGCUGUUGGGGAGAUAUGCAGAGUCUCUUUAUGUUUAUCAAAUCCAACAACAUCUCUGACCCGACGCUGGUCCCCUUAGAGCAGGAGAGGAUCAGAGGGAGGGUCAUCGGCAGAGUUGAUAGAGUGGAGGUCGCGGCUAAUGUCGGCGGUCUCUGUAAAGCGUGGGCAGACUUGGUCCGUGACUCCCAAAUGUAUGUGGGACAGUCAUGGCAGAGCUGUGAGAGCGGUCACGCUUGUUUGAAUGAUGGAUGGCAUGUGGGAGGGCGAGAGUCUCUCCGAGCGGUAGGGAGCCACUGUGGGCCGUGGAGCAGGCAGUCGUGAUUGAUGCGGUUUCUCCUGCCAUCUUAUUCACUUUCCCUCCUCUCCUCUGUUGCAUCUUUCCUAAUUUCUUCCUCUGCAUUGAGUGGACCGGACCACACAGUGGAGGUCUGUAACUCACAGUGCUGGAGGUGGAAACUCACAGCCCAACAUUUGCAGAAACAUUUUCAGUGAGUCCACUGUCUUUUUUUAAUACUCAUCCUGAAUUGCUUUAUCUGUACAGUAUAAAGAAAUUUCUUCUUUUUUUUUAUCACUGGUAAAACAUUAUCUUGGUAGUGGUCGAGUAAGCUUAAAAGCACUGAACAUGUGGAAUGGGACCUAACAAAGUGAGAUGGAAUGACAUGAGAUAUAGCAGCACAGGAAUUCACAAAACCAUUCUGUAUGUUAACACAAAGUCUGGAGCAGCCUCAGCAUGCACUGUCUCAAACAGCUUGGAUGCAACGAUUUGUGUUAUUUUUUUCUCUUGUGCUCGUGUUGAGUUUAACAAUGAGGCAGACGAUGUUAAACAACAAAAGAUAUGAAGGUAUAUGUCACAUUAUGCAGCUUGAAUAUAGCUCAGUGCUAAAGGGGGGGGGGCUUAUUUUUCCUGGCAGAGCAAUUCUGAGGCACCUUUACACGUCAGUGUUAGCACAAUAUUCUACCAUGGUACCCUCAUCGUGUACUGUAGCAAGAGACGCACAUCUAAUCCUGACCUAGACGUCACUUGAGAACUGAAUGGGGCAAUGUUUCCCAAAAGAUGUGAGUGCUUUAAGUUUCUGUCGCCGCACUAAACAAUGGCCAACAAUGUGAUGAAAAGGGUGACACCUUUUCAAUGACCCAACGAUCACAUUGGAAACACACGGUCCUGUGUUUUAAGCUCACCUGUAGCUAUUAACAACCUUUGCAGAGCUUACUUAUUUUUUUGCAUUGCUUCAUUUGCCUCAUGUUGUUUCCAAAGCAUUUCCAGCCAAAUUGUUUGCUUCUAAGCAUUUCCUAUGUACUCCUGUUAUCCACACAGGCUGACUAUAGAUGACCCUGAGUUAUUUGAGAAGUGCGAUAUCAGUAUAAAGAUUUUUAAAAAAAGGGAUGAAACAACUCCAUGGAUGAUGGUGAGUUUUUCUGAAACAAUGGACUUUUUGCAGAUUGCAGCUAAAGACACUGUUCAAAGACUAUCCUUUUGCUUUUAGUCCUACCGUCUUCAUGUAUUCAGUUCUUUUUUUAUAGCCUUGCCCCUGCAUUUGAAUAAAACCCUGUGAAGCAAA